AUGUGGCUCACAGCUCGGAGUCCAGUGUUCUCCCACCUGUCGUCGUCUCUUCAGGGCCUGUGGACCAUCCGAGCCUUUGGAGCAGAGGAGAGGUUCCAGAAAGCCUUCGAUGCCCAGCAGGACCUGCACUCAGGACCACCUCUCGCUGGUUCGCUGUCCGUCUCCACGGCAUCUGCUCCAUCUUUGUUACCGUCACCACCUUUGGCUGCCUGCUGCUCAGAGACCGUGCAGCUGAAGUCCGCGGAGGAGGAGCUGCCCGGGCAGUUCGAGACGGUUCUGGCCGAGUCAGGCUCCACCUUCAGCGUGGGCCAGAGGCAGCUGGUGUGUCUGGCCAGAGCCAUCCUGAGGAAGAACCGCAUCCUGGUCAUCCACGAGGCCACGGCCAACGUGGACCCCAGGACAGAUGAGCUGAUCCCUCAUCGUCUCAACACCAUCAUAGACAGCGACAGGAUACCGACUGGCGCAGUCUCGGACGUGUUUGGGGAGCGACUUCCAGAGGGACGGGACAGCUACGGAGAAUGCUCUGUCGCCCCAGGUCCAGUGCUUGGAGACAGUAGCCGAGGCUGCAGGAAGGAGUGUGGCGGCGGAGAAGGACAGAAGAGUCGAUCCAGAGAACCAUCCGGGACAAGUUCAGAGAAUGCACCGCGCUCACUGUAGCUCAUCGUCUCAACACCAUCAUAUACAGCGACAGGAUGCCGGCGAGUCCUCCUACUCAUAGACUCUAGAAAAGAGUACUUGUUUAUCACCAUACAAGUCAUCGUAUAGUACGUUAUGAAAAAGACAGCGACGUACAUUAAAUUUGCCUCGGCGGAGGUCAUACUACAGUAUGUUGAAAAAAAUGUCAUAGUAUGCGCUAAAAAUACAUCACAGUAUAUGUUGAAAAAAGUGGCUUAGAUGAAAUUCAACUUUAUUGUCAU